GAGGAGCAGGAGCAGGAGCGGGAUGAAGGCCUUUAUAAGCUGCGCUGCGGCGGUGGAGGAGGUGGAACGAUACUUUGUCUUGUUGAACACCUACGUCUACAUACAGUCGAUUACGGUACUGCGAGGUUGGACGUCUUUCGCAUCAUCACCUAUUCAUUAGUCGUAAUACCCGAAUCUCAGGAUCACCACAUCGUCAUCACCACCAUCUUUAGCUACAAUCCUUCCCUCGUCACAUAAUCGAACCGUACCUCACACCCACCAGCACCACCAGCGCCACCAGCAUCACCACCACCACCAUGCGUCUCCCCCCCCUCUUCACCCUCCUCCCACCCGCGCUCUCUCUCGCCGUGCGCACUCCGACUACCCCAAGCCCAACCUCCACCGACAUCGACCCGAUCGUGCGUUUCGAAGUAUUCACAGCGAUGUCCUUCGCGGAAGAGCAAUUCGAGUGCGCCACGACGGGGUCAUCAACACCCACGGACUCACUAAUCGCCGCCCUCGCCGCACUAGACUCCGAAACCCGCGUGCACUGUACCUCCUCUAAGCCCGUGGUGGAAACUAUUGCCGGAGGACUGAUCACUGUCACUGGCACCGGAGAGAAGGCGUGCUUUGUUGUGGAGACCGCUGUUAAUCAGCUUAUUGCUAGGUGCGCGUUUGAGGGCAGGGUGGGUGGCACACUGGGGCUGCCCGUGGGUGGGGUCGUGGUGGAAGUGUAGUGGGGUGUAAUGUGCGACGGGUGAUGGGCGGAGAGGGCGAAGGGCUGUAACGAUAGGUGGAAGUGGAACUGUAUAUAUAGAGUAAUUACAUAAUUACAAGAUGACUGGAGA